AUGCAUCGUGAUUUGUGCGUGGUUGUUAUAUUUGUGCCGGCGAAUCCUGGAAGAGGAGGAAGAAUCGAAAUGGAAUUGGACGGAGGUUUAUACGAUGCCGUGAAUGGAAAUAAAAAAUUCGAACGGUACGAGGAUCAUCCGAUCGUACCGGAAAUGGUCGAACCCGUAACUCUUUUCAACGAGGAUUUAAUUAAAAUGACGACGGACGGACGAAGGGAAUCGAAUUUUUCGCUUCAAAGUGACAUAAGUUUGGAAACGACGGAAAGCGAGAACAGCAUGACGAAUAUAAAAUUUUUCAGGACGCCGAGCGUGGUCGUGAGCGAUCACAGCGAAGACACGGGUUGCAUCACCUACGACGACAUCGGAAGAAUAGCGAGCGCUUAUCACAGGAGACGAAGGUACCGGCCGACGAGACGACAUUCGGACGCGUACGAAAGUAACAACACCAUGAACGAAAGAAACGAAUUCGCGAGACGGUCGGAGUCUGGAACGAGCGGAUCUGGAAUCGGCGAGACGACGCCGGACUACUACGCGCGGAGUUCCCAGAGCGUGACAUCGCUGAACAGGACGAAAAACAUGUAUUGCGGCGACGAACCGCUCGAAGACUACGAUCCGGACGGUCAUUUCGAUGGGAAAACCCUGAGCGAAUGCAGCAGUUUAAACGAACUCUCGCCGAUCAUGUCGCAAUACGGUUCGUCGAACUGCAGCGAAAAUUCAAGUCGAAGAAGUUCGAUAUUCAGCGAAAUAAGUCCGGUUUUCCUGCGGAAAAAUUUAAGUCACGGAGAUUUUCAAAAGGAAAAAAAUUUCGGUACCGAUACGAAAACGACGAUUUCUUCCAUUCACAACAAGAACAUGAUUAAUCCGACGUUCGCGGCGUAUUUCAACGAGCGAGAUCCGAACGUUUUGGACGAAGCCGACAUAUUGAUGUUGGAACAACAGAGAAGUUUGAGUUACGACGAUUUGAACGUGGACACGUCGGGAAAUUCCGACAUAUCAUAUUCGGAUUUAUCCGUGGAUUUCAGCGCGUGCAGUUCGCUGAGCAACCUUCCGGGCACCGUGUAUUAUUGCAAUUACAAUCCGAAUCAGGGUUACAACGGAAAUUACGGAUUGGACGAAGCGGCGUCCAAACAACUCAACGUUCGGUUAACGAAAAAAACGACGAAUCACGUCAAAAACGGAAACAUAAAAACGAGUAAAAGUUGCAGCGAUUUCCUUAGCGUGAGCAGAAUAGAAGAAGAUUAUCCGCAUUUGAAACACAGGAGGCAUUCGAACGAUCAAGUCACACUAACCACGACGUUCGAUUACUGCAAUAGGAGGCUCGGGUCGUGCAGGGACGAUUAUAAAAAAAAAUGGCCGCUGACGGCGGUGGCGGCGAACAACGUCACGAAAAGUAAAAUGAACAACGCGACGUUUCCAAACGACAACAGAAUCAACUCCCGAGUUAAAAACGCUUGGGGUAAAUUGCUGACGCUCCACCUGAAGAGUUUUCACGAAUCUCUGAACUUUCAAAAGGAAAACUACAUCGUAUCGAAAAGGAAAUCGAAAUCGAACGAGUGCGUGUUUCGCGGGGACGUUAAAAAAACGACGGAUUUCGACGAGCUCGAAAAAAUUCGAAACGUCGAUGAAAAAAAUUACAUAAAUUUCGCUUCCCGAAAAAUAUCUCGACGACGAUUUGGAAACGACGACGACGACGAUGGCGUCGAACCCAUCGUCGUUUCCGAAUCCGAAAAUGACGCCGUCGUUAAAAACGAGAAAAAAAUUCCGGUUAAAAAAGAUUGGUUGAGUGUCAAGUGGAAAAAUGGACAAGUGACGACAACGGAAGAUGGCGACACGAAGAGUAAAUUUUUAAGAAAGAUAUCGAACUGCAGCACUUGCAGCGAUCACAGCGGAUAUCGUGACGCUCCGGAAACUCUGCAGGAAAUCACGACGAAAACGAAGACCCGAGGAAAACCCGGUAGCAGUUUUCGUUUUUAA